CUAAGCGCCAGUGCUGAGAACUCCCAACUCGACACACUUCGUCAGUCGACAGUGGAAUUUUGUGUAGGGCAGAAGGCAAACUCGGGAUCGAUAAAAAUAUAUAUAUUUUUUACCGCAGAACACUUCAUGAGUGUGCUUCUUUUCUGUGUGUUCGACAAAAACAAAAUUAUAUAUAAAUAACUUAAUAUUAAGUCUUUCUUAUCGAAUAGCCAGUAUAAAUUGGCAAUAUUGUGAAAUUAAACCGCUAAAAUUCUGCCAUCUCACGCAUCUCGCAAUUCAGUGAUUUAUGUAAAACUCCAUCGCGUAACCUUGAGUUGGUUAAAGUUUUUUCCCACUAUAUCUGUGUCUGUUUCAAUCAUAAAUCUAUAUAUAAAGCCGGUUCGAAAAAAGAGGAAAUACUGUAAUUAUUAGACGUUUUUUGACUUAUAAGAAGUUUAUGUACUAGGAACUAAAAUCAAAUUCAUUGUGUAUAUUAACGUUGUACAUAAAAUUAUUAUUUGCUAAUCAUUUUUAUCAACCAAAUGUGAUAAAAAAAAACUUCAUAGCGUAGAGCAUAUAAGAUUAUCUAACUUCAAUAAGUGAAUGUUACAGUGUAAAUAAGAAAAACAGACAGUGUAAACGAAAUCGUGUAGAGGCAAGAAAUGAGAUAUAGAGCAUCUUUUACUUUUAAAAUAAAACAUUAAAUCAUACAGUUGUACUAACAUAAGUUUUCAAACGACAUUCAGGAACUAUAAAGGCCUAUCGUUGAGAAAUUUCGCUCAUCACGUGUAAUUAAAUUAAUCAGUGAUACUUAUAUGUGAUUAAAUGAUCUCUUGUCAUGGAAGCCGCUCAAAGAACACUUCAUCGUAAUCCACGUGAGAAAGCUAACAUAGUAUCAGUGCUUACCUUCUGGUGGACCAUCAAACUUUUCAAGAAAGGCUACCAGAAAAUCCUUGACAUAGGGGAUCUCUUUCGACCUCUAAAUGAGGACAAAUCUGAGGCUCUUGGUGAUCGUCUAGAAAGAAAAUGGGCAGAACAAGUGAAAAAAUCAAAUGGCAAUCCAUCUCUAAUAAAAGCCGUGGCAUUGACUUUCUGGCGGGAAUACGGUCUUAUGGCGCUUCUCGUGAUUGUGAAUGAAACUGCCGUCAGACUGGGACAGCCAAUUUUGCUGGGACGGCUGCUUAUGUAUUUCAGACAUGAUAGUGAUAUGACACACAAGGAAGCACUUCUCUGUGCGGGUGGAAUUGUGGGCCUGAGCCUCUUCUACACCAUCACUGUCAAUCAGUACAUCUUCGAUGCCUUCUACUACGGCAUGCGUGUGAGAAUAGCUAUGUGUAGUAUCAUCUAUCGGAAAGCCCUGAAGUUGUCUCGAACAGCAUUGGGAGACACGGCUCCGGGAAAAGUUGUGAAUCUUCUGUCCAAUGAUGUAAAUCGCUUCGAUUUGGUAUCUGUUUUUAUUCACAUGAUGUGGGCAUCUCCGCUCAUGGCUAUGGUCGUUGGAUACUUGCUGUGGCUAGAAGUUGGCUGGGCGGGAUUCGUAGGAAUAUUCGUGGUCUUCACUGUUGUACCUCUGCAAUCUUAUACCGGAAAGCUCUCAUCCAAAUUUCGUCUUCAGGCUGCUCUUAAGACCGACGAGAGAGUACGAUUCAUGGAUGAAAUAAUCUCUGGUGUCCAGGUGAUUAAGAUGUAUGCCUGGGAGAAACCUUUCGCAAAGUUAAUUUCCGUCACGCGUAAAAUGGAAUUGAAGAUAAUCCGGAGGAGUGCCUUUGUGAGAGCAAUUUACAUGACUUUCCUGCUCUUCACCACACGUAUGGCUCUCUUUUGCACCAUGCUAACAAUGGUCCUCAUGGACAAUGACAUCACAGCAGCCAAGGUCUUUGUCAUUUCGGCUUACUUUAAUAUUCUGGCCUACACAAUGUCGCAGAUGUUUGUGCGAGGAGUGGCGGAAAUUGCUGAAGUUCUUGUAGCACUGAAGCGUUUGCGAAAAUUUCUCAUGUACGAAGAACGCGAUGAGAGCAACAAAAAGCCUAGGAUUGUAAAGGAAGCAAUGAAUGGAGCCCCACCGGAUAUUGCUAAGACUUUCAACAGCUACGAUGAUCCAUCCAGAAAGUAUACAGUUUCGCUGAAAAAUGCCACAGCCAAGUGGAAAAUGCCCGAAAAUCCUGAAAAGAAGAAACAAAAAUCCAAGAAAGAAAAGGAAGUGCCAGAGAAGUACGGAGGAAGUGUAGAAUUCCUAGCUCCAACACUGGAAAAUAUUUGUCUGGACUGCAAGAGAGGAAGCCUUAUUGGAAUUGUAGGGCCAGUUGGAGCUGGGAAAUCUUCUCUACUUCAGGUAAUUCUCAAGGAAUUACCCCUAGAAAGUGGAUCUAUUCAGAGUUAUGGAAGACUCUCAUAUGCCUGCCAAGAACCAUGGGUCUUUGCCGCUUCAAUUCGACAGAAUGUCCUCUUUGGCGAGGACAUGGACAAGGAACGCUACGAGGCUGUUCUUAAGGCUUGUGCCCUAAAUCACGAUCUUGAGCAAUUUCCUCAAGGAGAUAGGACAAUUAUUGGGGAGCGAGGAGCUUCACUCUCAGGUGGUCAAAAGGCAAGAGUUAGCCUGGCCAGAGCAGUCUAUCGUAAGGCAGAUAUCUAUCUGUUUGACGAUCCCCUAAGUGCUGUCGAUGCUCAUGUUGGACGGCAUCUGUAUGAUCAGGUAAUUGGGUCUAAGGGUCGCUUGGGAUCCAGGAGGAUCACCCGCAUCCUGGUCACUCAUCAGGUACACUUCCUCAAGGAUGCCGACUGGCUUGUGGUUCUGAAAGAUGGCCAAAUUGAAGUCCAGGGCCCACCUCUGGAAGUAUUCCGAAGCGGAAUUGAUUUUGCCAAACUUCUAAAUGCCGAGGAUGAUCUCGAGGAAGGACAACCUGAAGCGGGUAAAUUCAAAAGGCAAACUUCAGUGGCAUCUACUAGAUCGAGAUCAAGAUCACAAUCAUCCAUGAGUUCUGAGGAUGAUUCUGCAGAGGCAGAAGAAACCAAGAAAGGUGGAGAAAAAGAACCAGCAAUGGUGGCCAUGGAGGCUACAUCGAAAGGAACAGUGAAGGGAUCAAUUUUCAUCAACUACCUCAAAUCUGGAGGAAACUGGGCAAUAUUGUUCAUCAUGCUGUGUCUGUUCAUUACCACUCAAUUCAUGGCCAGUGCCUUUGACUACUUCAUAGCAUUUUGGACAAGACAGGAAGAAUUGAGGGAUAUCCAGAACUUAACUCAAUCAACCACGGAACUAAUCUUUGGCAACAAUACCCUAAAAAUUGUCGAAGCAGAAGAAAUUGUGACUCUUUUGAGCACAGAGACGUGCAUCUACAUUGCAGGAGGAUUUGUAAUAUCCUUAUUUGUAUUUGGCUUGAUGAGAUCUCUGGGAUUCUAUACGAUGUGCAUCAAGGCAUCACAGAGACUCCACGAUGGAAUGUUCCGUGGAAUUAUCUCAACAACCAUGCGAUUUUUUGAUACAAAUCCUUCUGGCAGAAUUCUCAAUCGCUUCUCCAAGGAUCUCGGAGCAACAGAUGAGCAACUUCCUAAAGCCAUCCUCGAUGCCAGUCAGAUAAUCCUCAAUAUGUUCGGAUCAAUAAUUGUGGCAACAACUGUGAACCCAUUGUUUCUUGUUCCUAUAGCUGGCCUAUCUGUUAUCUUUCUGUUCAUACGGAAAGUCUACCUAAAAACCUCAAAGAAUAUCAAACGCUUGGAUGGAAUUACAAGAUCUCCGGUGUUUACUCAUCUCGGAGCAUCUCUAACGGGUUUACCGACAAUUCGUGCCUUUGGAGCACAGGAGAUCCUUGUGAAGGAGUUUGAUGCUCUUCAGGACACACAUACAGCGUCCUGGUAUAUGUUCAUCUCAAGUAGUGGAGCAUUUGGAUACGUGAUGGAUCUCCUGUGUGUGGUCUUUGUGUUCUUCGUGACAUUCAGCUUUCUCCUGCUGGAGAAUGAUACUAUGGGUGAUCAAGUGGGAUUGGCCAUCACUCAAGCCAUGGCACUCACGGGAUUCCUUCAGUGGGGUAUCCGACAGAGUGCCGAAGUGGCCAACCAGUUGAUGUCCGUUGAGAGGGUGAUGGAAUAUCGGGAUUUGGUGUCCGAGAAGCAGCCCGAGAAGCCACAAAAUUUGCCCAAAGACUGGCCAGAUAGUGGAAAAGUGGAGAUGAAGAAUGUUGUAUAUCGAUACUUCAAGGAAGCUGAUGCAGUAUUAAAGGGCGUAAAUUUGUCCAUAAAACCCAAAGAAAAAAUUGGAAUUGUGGGUCGAACGGGUGCUGGAAAAUCCUCUCUCAUUGGUACCCUCUUCCGUUUGGCUGAAGUUGAGGGAGAUAUUGAAAUUGAUGGAGUGAAGACAGACCAUAUUCUUCUGCAGGAAUUGCGCUCAAAGGUCUCAAUUAUCCCUCAGGAUCCCGUCCUUUUCUCAGGCACCCUCAGAAGGAAUUUGGAUCCGUUUGAAGAAUACAAGGAUGCCGCAUUGUGGCAAGCCCUUGAGGAAGUAGAGCUGAAGGAUAUUGCGAGUGGUCCACUGGCAUUGCAAGCAGAAGUUCUAGCUGGAGGUAGUAACUACAGUGUCGGGCAACGACAGCUUAUCUGCCUGGCCAGAGCUAUUCUCCGAAAUAACAAAAUUCUAGUCCUCGACGAAGCGACUGCCAACGUCGAUCCCAACACUGACGCUCUUAUUCAGCAGACAAUCCGAACGCGUUUUGCUGACUGCACAGUUCUAACUGUGGCUCAUCGUCUUCAUACAAUUAUGGACUCUGACCGAGUCUUGGUCAUGAGUGAUGGUCUUGUAGGUGAAUUUGAUGCACCACACAUUCUCCUGCAGAGGCCAAAGGGACUCUUCCGUGAGAUGGUCAAUGCAACAGGACCCCAAGAAUCUGAACGACUCAUGAGAAUAGCUAAGGACACAUUCGAAUUGAAUUCCACGUGACUUUCCUAACUCUACUUUUUUUUUAACGUAAAUUGAUAGUGCCUUCAGUGUCCAAAGUAUUAUAGGAUUUUCAAAGUGUCUGGCUUCUUUUUCCAGACAAAACAGGGAAGUUUAUAGAGAUAAUUGGCUGUAUAGGCUGAGAAUAAUUUUUGAUAAGAAAGUUUGGAUCUGUUGUACUUUAUAAUCACAAAUAAAUCUCAAAAUAUAAA